UUCAUUUAGCUCAUCGUCCUGCCUCUCUUCGUUCUCACUCGCCUCAUCUUCUCCGCGAUUCGAUCCGUCUCCGGCAUUCCAAAAUCCUCUUUUGACUGCAAAAUCUCAUAGAAACCCGGAGAUCUUGUGCGGCGAUCGGAGGGGCGAGAGAGCCCCGACGACGAAUCUCUCUCCGUCUCUUUCUGGCCCAGCAAUUGGCGUCGGCUAAAGAUCUUUCGAUUCUAGCAUUCUCUCCCAGAUUUGUGGAUCGCGUCGAUAGUUCGCGCCUUGAUCUAUUCGUGGGGCGUUUUUUUCCCCUAAAGGUAGAAGGUUGAUGGAUAGCUCGCAGAGGAAAGGGGGAUUUGUCCCGGUGUCGCCCUCACAGACUCCCAGGUCCACUGAAAAGCACGGAAGAGAAUUCCGAUCGUUUGACGGGAGUGGUAACUUGAGUGGCAAGUUUGAUAAGGAGAAGGGGGUCAAUGUCCAAGUCGUUCUGAGAUGCAGGCCAUUAAAUGAUGAUGAGAAAAAGGCGAACACCCAGGUGGUCAUAUCCUGCAAUGAACACCGUCGAGAAGUUUCAGCUGCUCAGAAUAUUGCUAAUAAGCUAAUUGACAGAACUUUUACCUUCGACAAGGUUUUUGGCCCAACCUCAAAGCAAAAGGAUUUGUUUGACCAAGCUGUUGCUCCUAUAGUGAAUGAAGUUCUUGAAGGCUACAAUUGCACCAUAUUUGCAUAUGGGCAGACAGGCACGGGAAAAACCUAUACAAUGGAAGGGGGAGGAAGGAAAGCAAAGAAUGGAGAGUUUCCAAGUGACGCCGGAGUUAUCCCAAGGUCGGUGAAACAAAUAUUUGAGAUAUUGGAGGCACAAUGUGCUGAGUACAGCAUGAAAGUCACAUUCCUUGAGCUGUACAAUGAGGAAAUAACUGAUCUUUUGGCUCCUGACGAAUCAAAAUUCUCUGAUGACAAGAACAAGAAGCCUAUCGCUUUGAUGGAGGAUGGGAAGAGUGGUGUUUUGGUGAGAGGAUUAGAGGAGGAGGUUGUCUAUACUGCUGGUGAAAUCUACAAAAUCUUGGACAAAGGGUCUGCAAAAAGGCGUACUGCAGAGACUUUACUAAACAAACAAAGCAGCAGAUCCCACUCUAUCUUCUCCAUUACAAUUCACAUCAAGGAGAUUACUCCUGAAGGAGAAGAAAUGAUUAAAUCUGGAAAGCUUAAUCUUGUUGAUCUUGCUGGUUCAGAAAAUAUAUCACGAUCUGGAGCUAGAGAUGGUAGAGCAAGGGAAGCAGGGGAGAUUAAUAAAAGUUUGCUCACACUUGGCCGUGUAAUUAAUGCUCUUGUUGAACAUUCUGGCCAUAUUCCAUAUAGAGACAGCAAAUUGACCAGGUUACUUCGUGACUCCUUGGGUGGAAAAACUAAAACUUGUAUUAUUGCCACUGUAUCACCUUCCAUUCUUUGUUUGGAGGAGACUCUAAGUACCUUGGAUUAUGCACACCGUGCAAAGAAUAUCAAAAAUAAGCCUGAGGUUAACCAAAAGAUGAUGAAAUCUGCAAUGAUCAAAGAUUUAUAUGCAGAAAUUGAUCGACUUAAACAAGAGGUAUUUGCUGCAAGGGAGAAGAAUGGCAUUUACAUACCACGUGAUAGGUACUUAAUUGAAGAAGCUGAGAAGAAGGCCAUGACUGACAAAAUAGAAAAACUGGAAGUUGAUUUGGACUCAAAGGAUAAGCAAUUAGUUGGGCUUCACGAGCUUUAUAAUUCACAAAAGAUACUUAGUGCAGAUUUAAGUGACAAACUAGAAAAAACUCAGAAAAAAUUGGAGGACACUGAAGACGCAUACUUGGACCUAGAAGAAAGAUAUCGCCAAGCAAACUCUAGAAUAAAAGAAAAGGAGUUUUUGAUAUCUAAUCUGCUUAAGUCAGAGAAGGCGCUUGUUGAGCAAGCUUAUGAUCUUAGAGCAGAGCUAGAAAAUACAGCUGCUGAUGUUUCUGAAUUGUUCUCUAAAAUAGAAAGGAAAAAUAAAGUAGAGGAAGGAAACAGAAUACUUGUCCAAAAUUUUCAAUCCCUGCUAACCCAACAACUGGACACCUUGCAUAAAGCUGUCUCAGCUUCAGUAGUAGAACAGGAGAACAAACUGCAAGAAAUGGAGGAGGACAUGCAAUCCUUUGUCUCUACAAAAGCCAAGGCAACAAAUGAUCUUAGACUACAUGUUGAAAGGCUCAAAAAUAUGUAUGGUUCCAGGAUUAGAUCUUUGGAUGACUUAGCUGGUGAGAUUGAUAAGAAUUCAGGAGACACACUUGGCAGAUUGAAUUCCCAAGUGUUAAUGCAUUCUUCGGCUCUUGAGGAUUGCUUCAAAGGAAUAGCAUUGGACGCAGACCAUCUUCUAAAUGAACUUCAGCUGAGUUUGUCUCAACAAGAGGAUAAGUUGGCUAUGUUUGCUCAGCAGCAGCGUCAGGGUCAUCUUAGGGCUGUUGAAUCUACAAGGUCCAUUUCUAAGAUUACGUCUGUUUUUUUCCAAUCCCUGGAUAAUCAUGCAUCCAAAUUAACCAAAAUCAUGGAAGAAUCACAAACUCUGCAAAACCAACAACUGCAUGAACUUGAGAAGAAGUUUGAGGAAUGUGCUGCCAGGGAAGAGAAGCAAUUAUUGGAAAAGGUGGCAGAGAUGCUAGCCACUUCAAGUGCUAGGAAGAAGAAGCUGGUUCAAACAGCUGUUGACAGUCUCCGCACUACUGCUGUUGAGAGAACAAGUAAUUUACAAAGGGAAAUGCUGGCUGCUCAUGAUUUCACUAGUUCUAUAAAAGAACAAUGGAAAAAAUACACAGAUGAUUCAGAAACUCACUAUCUCGAGGAUACUGCAUCAACAGAAAGAGGCAAAAAUGAUCUGGAAGAAGGUUUCGGAAUCUGCAAGGCAAAGACUAAAAUGGGUGCCCAGCAGUGGAUAGAUGCUCAAAAUUCCCUGCUGAAGCUUGGUGAAGGACAUGUAUUGUCAGUAGAUUCAAUUAUUAGGAGUGGGUUGGAUGCUAAUCAACUUCUCCGUGCCAAGUUGUCAUCUUCUGUUUCAUCGACCCUUGAAAAUGUUGAUGUUUCAAACAAGGAUCUUCUAUCCUCCAUUGACUGUUCAUUCAAACUUGACCAAGAUGCUUGUGCCAACAUUGAUUCCAUGCUUGUCCCCUGUCAUGGUGAGCUGAGAGAAUUAAAGAGUGGCCACUACCAUAAGAUUGCAGAGAUAACGGACAACACUGGGAAGUGCCUUCAAGAAGAAUAUGCGGUGGAUGAACCAACCUGUUCGACCCCAAAGCGUCGACCGAUCAAUCCGCCCAGUGCAGCAUCCAUCGAGGAAUUGCGCACUCCAGCUUUUGAGGAACUAUUAAAGUUGUUCUGGGAAGCAACCCCAACUGUUAAGCUGGCAAAUGGUGAUGCAAAAAACUACUCCGGUGCAAAUGAGCCAAGGGAUUCCAGAGCCCCACUAACUGCCAUCAACUAGGGCCAAGUAAGUUAGUUGUCCUUGAAUGAUGGCAUGUACAAAGGUAUAAUUUGGCAUGGAAACACGAUUCGAUGAUUCUUUAUCUGAUUGGUUUAGGGUUUAUUAACCCAGAAUUGAGCUGUUUGUAAAGAGGAAUGAGGUUCUAUAUUGCAUGGUUGUACUAGUCCAGAAUAAGUAGAUUAAUUAUUUCUUUCAUA